AUGAUUCGGUCACAGCUAAGGCAGCUUGCCCGGCAGGGAGACCGUGCCUGGGUGGGCAUGAAUAUGCCUGUCCGUCAUUUCUCUGCCUCUUAUGCGGCUGCUUCGGAGGGUCAGAGCCCGCCGUCAGGGAAAGGCGAACCCAAACAGAGACCGGCGCCAACUGGCCCCCCUCGCAAGCCUCGAGCCUCUAGCAGACCCCCCGGACCCGGCCAAAACAAGCCACGUCCAGCCCGAGCAAUCGAUGCCCGGUCAUUCGCAGCACCUCGUGCUGGUGGUGAACCCCCCAAGAUUAUUCGCAAGCCCAGACUGCGCCUGCCACCUGGCAAGCAAAUCCCAGGUCGCAAGGGCAAGCCCGCCGCGAAGAGUGCUCAGAAACCUCGGCGGAAAAACCGAUCCGGCCGCUCAGAAUAUGAAAUUGAUGAUGAUGAGGCCACUGCUGCUGCCAUCAAACAACUUGAGGUGGACCAAGAGGCCAAGGGGCGUCCAGUGCCCAUUCGCUAUGAGCCCCGGGAGAUUAACUUCUCUACACUGAAGGAUACUUGGCCCUCACUGCCGACGGACACCAAUGCCCGAUCUGCUGCCGUUAUCGAAAAGCUUUCUACUCUCAGCGGACGCUUCCCCAAUGGCUACGUCCCUCCUCAUGAGCUGGGUCGGCGUCUCUGGAAGGGACAGAGUGUUCUAUUCGAGAACGAGGCUGAGAAGACCCAGGCUCUGGAAGAACUCAAGCGCUUGUCACAAGAACGAGCCAACAAGAUCUCCCAGAAAAAGGGAGAGCUUGUCGAGCCUCGUGAUAUCAAGUUCAACCCCAUCAGUGCGGAACACACACAGAAGUUGAUGGAGACCUUUGUGCAAGGAAAAUAUCCUGCUUUGGAGACUGGCAAGGACCAGCCAGCUAUCAUGGGCGACGUGCUGAGGAAUAUCCGGAAUAACGCAACUUAUCAAACAGCUGGCAAACGACCUCAGUUCCUCGCGAAGGUCGAGUCUCUUCUGGCCUCUAGUCGCGUGAAGCGCUCCUAG